CCUGGGGCCGCCGCCGUCGCAGGGGCUGGAGACGGCGGGCUGGCACAGGCCGUGGGAGACGACACGCGACCGCUCCACCUUCGCCAUGGGCUUCGCCUCCGCCCUCGUGUCGGACGCCUUCCUGGUCCUGUCGCGAACCUUCCUGCGGGCGGUGGACCAGGGCAUCGUGGCCAACCAGCCCGCCUACAGCGCGGAGAGCACCGCCCGCCUCGACGACGUAUACCACCUCCACGCCUUCGCGCACCAGGCCCACGACGCCGCCGUGCAGGCGGUCGGUCUGCUGGGCACCCGCGGCGACCGGGGGCUCGUGCUCCGCGGCGGGCUGGGCGCGCUGGCGGCGCUCGCGCUCGCCGUGCUGGUGCUCGUGCACGCCGCCUUCGUGAGCCCCCACACCCAGCUCGCGUCCUCCGAGAGGCU